AAAUAUAAUAUUAAAAAUAUAAUAUUACAAUAAUGGUAUUAGAUACAUCAAAUCCACCAGUUAUUAUAAACGGAGCUCAUACUUUGGUUGGAUGUUUGACAGCAUUGGCAAUUGCUAGACAAUUUAAUCAGAGAGUAGUUUUGGUUUCGACUCAUUCCGAAGCCUUGCUUGUCAAUGAAGCAAUUUUAAUUAAUUCAAAGAGUGCUGAGAAAUUAUGUACUCUAUUGGAAACCCCACUUUUGCAAAAGGUGGUUCAAUGUAGGAAUAUAGAGGGAUAUGCAGUGCAUGAUCUGGAGAGAGGUGAUUGUCUGAUUGAGUUUGAUAGUCACAGCUUGUACAAGGCAGUGAUGGAUAAAUUGACUACUAAAUAUUUGGACAUGGUAAAGAUUGUGUUUGGUAUUGGAGAACCAUCUGUGCAUUUCCAAGUCAUUCCACAAGUUUCAACUCUGAAAGUGCCCAUUCUGAAGUUUGUGAAUAAGGAGGGCAUGACAGAGGAAAUCAUUUCCAAGUUUUUAUUCGAUUGUGAGAGAAAGAGUUUUGUGGUAGCAUCCAUGUUGCACCAUUCGAGCUCUGGUUUAAAUCUCAAACAAUCUUCAUCGAGUUACAUGUAUCAACAAUUGGAUAUUCCUGAAAAUUUGUAUCCGUUCAAGGAGAGCAAAUAUCAAGUUAGAAUUCAAGAAAAUACUACCAUGAUGAUCGUUCCAAAAUUCCUAUCCAAUCAAUUCUCCACAACAUUCUUCUUCAAGAUUGAUCCACAACUCCAAUACGAUCAACAGAUGGUUGCAUUGAAAAUGUUGGAAUUUUUAAAGAGUGAAUUUCCAUUCACCUUUUCAUUGGUAACACUUGAGAAUAUCUAUUCGUGGUUUUCCAGCCAUUUGGAAACAAUACAGGAUUAUCAAGUUACUGCCUCCACUACUGAAUGUAUUGGAUUUCUCAAUCAAUCAAGGAUACCACAUUUUGGAGAUUAUCAAUUUAUGGAGGUUUUCAAAUUUAUCAAAAAUCUCGAAAGUUUGGGCAUUCCAACAACCAAAAAGAUUCCUGCUGAGGAUAUCAAAAAGUCUAUGACUAUUCUUGAGAUUGACCAAUUCAAUAGUGUGAAGGCCAUUGAGAGAACAUUACAUGAUUAUCAAGUAAUGAAAAAUACAAUGUGGAGAUUUACAGGACCUGUGUGGAACUUUUUGAAAAUUCCUGUCAUUACUGCCAAACAACACUUGAUUGAUGUAUUUGGAAGAGAAACAUCAAGAAUGACCACAGCUCAAAAAUGGAGGUACAGAUUCAUCUAUGGCCUAUCGGCAAUUUUGCUCUAUAAGGGUGCAAGUAAUUGGUAUCAUGAUAGAAAAGUGGCCAAUGAUAUCAUUCGCAAGAUUGGAACUGAGAAUGAAUUGUGUAAGAAAUUGAUCAGAAGAUGUGUUUCAGGAGAUUGUGGCUCCAAAACUGUCAGUCUUAUGUUACAGCAUGAUGAAGGAUUGAACUUUUUAGAAAUUAACACACUGGUUAAUCUCUUAAAAGAUUCCAGUAGUAGAGUGGAAUUUUUGACACAGUUGGUCUUAUCAGGAAAUAUCAAACAAUUAAGUGGCACACAGUUAUCUUCUCUUUUGAAAUCGGCUAACCAAUUCAUGGAAGAUGACAAAUAUGAAUUAUUACUCAAAUUGUAUCCAUAUGCACAGGUUUCACAACAUGAAAUUCCGUUAAUAGUUUCCAAUUUUGAUUUUUUAAAGUAUCAAGACAAAGCUAGGGAACUGUUACAACCUGGUUCAAGUAAUCAAUCACAAUCAUCGGGGGGUGGUGUACUUGCUCUUGCUGUUUUAAGUGUAUUCUUCAUGUUGGGAUUGUUGUAAAAUAAAAGAUAUAUAUUUUCCAAAUAAUUUUAUUGUUUUAAUAAAAAGAAGAAGGAAUGAUGUAAAAAGUAUUGCAAUAUUAACUAGCUAAUGGGUAUUUCUGGUAUACCUCGAUCAGCAACGAUAUAUUGACGACCUAUAUUCAAAUUAAUGGUGCGCUGCAGCCUAAAACAAUGGAGCAGAGACGGGGACUUGAAAUUGUUGAGUAACAUCCAUCGUAGAAUAAUUCCGUUCACGAUCAAAUUAUUUGCAAAAUUCUUACGAUUAUGGUGC